AUAUAAGGUAAAUUACACAUUAAAUAUAAAGAAUUUAAAGAGUAAAUUAACAACAAAAUCAUACAACAGUGCAUUCAAGAUAAACAAAAAAAUCAAAACUAAAUCAAACAAAUCAAAAAAAAAAAAGAAGGUAGCUUGCUUUCCAUUUUACAGCUAAUACAAACCCAUCUUCUUUACCAAAUUAAAAUCAAAAGGAUAAAUAAACCUUAAUUUAAAAGUAUUUUAAAGCAAAUUAUUCAUUAUUAAAGCAUGGAUUCCAGAGACGAAGGUUGCGAUUCUCUUUUCGAAGAGCCUUAAAUUUUAAACGCGCUUUUUAAGUAUAGCAUUCUUUAAACUGAAUAGCUCAAAUUUUAGAAUUUUCGAACUCCUAGCGUUAGAAAGGUUUUCUACCAACCAGACUCUAACAUUGUUCAAAAGAUCUUGAAUGAUUGCAGUCACAUUAUUCAAAAUCACAAGGAUUUAAUUGAGAAAUUACCUUAAAAAAAAUUAUGUACUUUAGAGCCUCACGAGCAAUAGCAGCGUUUGCUCUUACAAAAUAAUAUUAGCAAUAAUAAUAAUAAUAACAAUAAUUCCCUUAAUUCAUCUACUAAUUCGCUUGAAGGUUCUAUUGAAAACGCUUAAUCUAACUUGCUAAAGCAGCCUCUUGUUAAUCCCUUUUAGCAAAGCCAAAACCUAGUGCGCUAAAUUGAAUAACUCACUCAAGAAUUCGUGAAGGGUCGCGUUUAUAGAUGUGAUUAAGAUGCCGAUUUAAAAGAAUUAGAAAGCAAAUAUAGUGAAAACGGAGGCUAAUCAGUCAGAGAAGGCAAUUAAGUUGGCUCUUCUGACAACCUCAGCAACGCUAAUAAUCAAGAAGUCUUGAGAUACAUAUAAAAGCGUAGUCGUCGUCCAAGGGCAGAUCAAAUUGUAAAAAAAGUCAAGGAAGAUACCAAAAACUUGCUUCGUAACUAUGGCAAUGCUUAGAGUCGUUUUAUAUUAAAUAAUAUGUAUUCCAAGAGAAUGAUGGAGAAAUUCUUUGACAACAACUAAGAUAAAAUUGAAGAUUUCAAAAAAUGGGUGCAACAACAAAAGUUGGAAAACUUUGAAUAAUUCAAAAACAUCUGGCAUGUUAGCAACGGUGAGCAAUAUUAAGAAUACAAAGUACUCUUUAGAGAAAUCUGCUUCGAUUUCUACGAAAAUCACGCAUCUGUCUACGUGCUUGGCUCAUAGAUGAGAUCAGAAGACACUCGUAAAACUCAUAUAAAAUACAUCUGCAGAUUCUUAGAAGGUAUUGUUGACCCUGCAAGCUUCUACUACUUCAAAAAGAAUUGA